UGAUGAUUGUCAUUUGACAUUUGUACUAUUCUAAAAAUUGUAGAAUCUCGUUUUUGCAAUUUUAGGGUGGAAAAAAAUGUCCGAAACUGUGUUGUAUCAGUGUCGUUUGUGUUUAAAAGAUUCCCAGUUUUGUUAUUCUUUGUUUGAUGAGGAUGUCAUCGAGAUAAUUGAAAGUUUCACCUCUAUUAAGAUUGAUGAAGACGACGAACUCCCUUCAAUUUGUUGUUCACAAUGUCUUGAGGACAUCUACGUAGUUCACCGUAUCAGAAAUCGCAUAAUCGAGUCUGAUAAAAUCCUACGGGAGCGCAUACCUCAAAAACCAAACCCUUCCCCUGAAGAUUUCUCGAUUAAGAUCGAAACGGAUUUAAAAGCCGACAUUUCCGAGCCCAUUUCCGAACUCGUAAUAAUCAAAAACGAAACUGAAUCGAAUCCAAUUCCCGAUGACUCUCCCAGUGAAGAAAUCGAAGUCACGAUAAAUCCCGAAAUGAAUGAGGUUUUCAAAAAACAAAUCGAACUCAAACGCAAAUCGGUCCUCGAAAAGCCAGAAAACAAUUAUGAAUGCACCGAAUGCAACCUACGUUUCAAUUUCCAAAAAUACUACUUCCAGCACAUGAAAAAACACAACAUUUUGAGUGUUUGUAAGAUCUGCAGUCGCCAAGUUCUCACUUGUAACUACCGAAGACACCUCGAAGUCCAUAAAUCGUCGCCGAAAGUCUGCGAAUUGUGUGGGGCCGUUGCCAAAAACGCGGAGAGUUUAAGGGGUCAUAUGUUUUACAUGCAUAAAAGUACUGCCGAGCAGUAUAAAUGUAAACAGUGUGGAAAAUUUUACCGAUACAAGUAUAAAUAUCAAUUACACAUCCGAAAGGCUCAUGGAGGCGAUAAAACCCACAUUUGUGAGGUGUGUGGAAAAGCAUUUUAUACAGCUAGGGACGUAAAUAGGCACAUACAAAUGACCCACAUGAAACUGAGGCCUUAUGUGUGUCAAUACUGUAAUAAGGGGUUCAGUAGUUCAUAUGCGAGACGCACGCAUGUGAGACAACACACCAAUGAGAAGCCCUUCAAGUGUGAGAUUUGUGCAGAAGGGUUCAGGCAGAGGGUGUCCUUGAAGACGCAUCUCAAGUCCAAACAUGGAGUAUUACAGAUUAGUGAGCAAAGUAUACACCAGUCGCCCCCACAAGAAGCGCAAGUUGUUAGUUAAGAGACUGAUGUGAUUGCUUUUGAGCUCAUUUUAUUACGUACUGUGCCGUAAUUGUUUUUGUAUUUUAAUACUUUUGUGAUUAAAUUGUUAUUAAGUUCUAGAGUGUCGGCGGAAAUUGUAAUUUAAAAAAUAGAAUCAUGAAAAUAAA